AUGCCCCGCCUUACUUUAAACGUUUUUGUUCUUGGAGCCCUCUUGCUUACUUCCCUAACACCUGGUCGGUCAUUCCAUGUGGAAGCUGUGAACACCACUGAGGGUCCUCUGCAGCAAGAUCCUCGUGGCAGAACACGAACUCGACUUCGCGACCAGUGGCGUUUCAAGCACUGGGACACCAUCCAAGACGGGGUUGUGUAUGACAUCCGGCCAGACACGGGCAGCGACGGACUCCAAGUUCUGAAGCCUUGGAUCCUACCCUCUGGCAACAAAUUCAUCAAGGAUAUCGGGAGUCGCUUCCCAGUCCCAUCUGAAGUCCCAGAUCUGGAUGUUCCAUAUACAAAAGACGACUUCAAUGACAGCGACUGGGCGGCUGUGAACGUCCCCCACGACUGGGCCAUCAAUGGACCAUUCUACGAGCCUAACGAUAGUGCCGGCUCAACUGACAUGGGCAGUCUCCCUGUUGGCGGAGUCGGGUGGUACCGCCGCAACCUGCUUAUUGAUAGGAAGGAUCUCGACAAUAAGCGUGUGUUCUUGGAUAUCGACGGUGCCAUGUCGUACCCGAUGGUCUGGCUCAACAAUCAUCUUGUUGGUGGUUGGCCGUACGGAUACAACUCCUUUCAACUGGACCUGACACCCUACCUUCGCAACGAUACUGACGACAACCUGCUUGCCAUCCGUGUGGAGAAUCCCACAGAGGACUUCUCUCGAUGGUAUCCCGGAGCUGGUAUCUAUCGAAACGUAUGGGUCACGGUCACCAAUGCCAUUCACGUCGCUCAUUGGGGGACAGUUAUUGCGACCAACGUGUCCCAGACGACCGCGAAUCUCGACCUCAAGGUGAGCGUCGAGAACUUGGGAGAUUCAGAUCGCAACAUCACAUUGGAGACUGAAGUUUUCGAAUACAACUCAGAUACUGGCGCCUCGAACGUCAAGCCUGUUGCCAAGUUUCCUUCAAGAACAUUCGAGUUGCGGAGUCAACACAACGAGUCGAUUGCUACCACCACGGAGUUGGAGAACCCGCGACUUUGGGGGCCGCCUCCCUCGCAGUCCCCGAACCUUUAUGUGGCUGUCACACAGAUCAUCGAUAAAGAUACCGGCGAUAUCCUCGACAAAUACGACACGCGGUUUGGGAUCAGAAGUCUAGUCUUCGACGCCGACAACGGACUUGUGGUGAAUGGCGAGCAUGUGCGAAUUCAGGGAGCCAACAUGCAUCAUGAUCUGGGAGCUUUGGGUGCUGCAUUCAACGUUCGCGCGGCUAGACGACAGCUUGAUGCCCUACGCGAAGUUGGCGUCAAUGCCAUCAGAUCAGCUCAUAACCCACCAGCCCCAGAGCUUCUCCAGCUUACAGAUGAGAUGGGUUUUAUCGUCGUGAAUGAGAUCUUUGAUAGUUGGAUGAAGAGCAAGAGGGAUUGUGAUUUUCAUCUGAUUUUCGAAGAUUGGAGGGAGCAGGAUCUACGAGCCCUCAUCCGACGAGAUCGCAAUUAUCCUUCCGUUAUUAUGUGGAGUUACGGAAACGAGGUUCCGGAACAGAACGGAAACGACGAGGUCGCAGCCGAGAUGGCACGGUAUCUCAGGCAGAUUGUGCAAGAGGAAGACAGUUCUCGCCCAUCAACGACGUCUCUUCAUACGGCCUGGGCUGGACAAGAACUUCCCGGUGUCACCGAUGUCAUAUCCCUCAACUACCAAGGUGAGGGUAAACGAUACGGUCCUGCCUAUGAGCACAUCACAAAAGGAGACAUCAGACCACCCCAAUACCAAGCAUUUCACGACACCUACCCCGAGAAAAUGAUAUUUGGGAGCGAGGUGGCCUGGUCGCUGAGUAGUCGGGGCAAGUUCAUGUUUCCUGUGUGUCCGUAUGACAGCUGCCCCGUCAACUCCAGUUCGGGUGGGAACUCCAAGACCCGCGAAAUCAGUGCUUACGAGCUUUACUCGGCCGAAGCCGGGUCCUCCCCGGACAGAGUCUUCAGAACGCACGAAACGUACCCCUUCGUCGCAGGCGGGUUCGUAUGGGCAGGCUGGGACUAUCUCGGGGAGUCGUACCCUUAUAGUGACGCUGCGCGUAGCGCGUACUCUGGCAUCUUCGACAUGGCAGGUUUCAGAAAAGAACGUUUCUACCAGUAUCAAGCAUACUGGCGACCCGGCGUGCAGAUGGCGCAUAUUGUGCCGCACUGGACGUGGCCAGAGGAUCGUGUCGGCAAGGUCACUCCCGUCCACGUCUUCUCGUCCGCGGAUGAAGCAGAGCUGUUCCUCAACGAUACAAGCCUGGGUCGACUGGUCAAGGAGCCCAUGGCCCAUCGCUUCCGAUGGGAUAACGUAACCUACACACCAGGCGUCCUGCGCGUGGAGACGUACAAGGACGGCAAGAGCUGGGCCACCGAUACUGUCCAGACGGUGGGAGAUCCCGAAGCCCUGAAUCUGAAAGCGGACCGGAUGUCCCUGAAGGCAGAUGGUGAGGAUCUCAUAUUCGUCACAGUCAUGGUUGUCGACAAGGAAGGCAAUACGGUCCCCACGGCAGACAACCUCGUGAAAUUCUCGAUCGUGUCUGGUCCCGGGGAAAUCGUCGCUACCGACAACGGUCUACCUACCGACUUCACAGCUUUUCCGUCUACGCAACGGAAUGUUAGCAGUGGUCUAGCUUUGUGCAUCGUUCGUGCCGGGGAUGGAAAGAGUGGGAGGACCGUUUUGAGAGCUGUUAGUGAUGCACUCAAGAGCGCGGAGAUUAGCCUUGAGGUAGUAAGGCCCUAG